CUUCAGGUUGUGCAAGAUGGCCGACUUUGGAGAGGAUGUUGUUAUGGAAAAUGAAGAUCUACUAAUUCCAAAAAAUCCUGCUGAGUUGGCCGAACUAAAGAAGGAAAAUGGCAACCAACUCUACAAAGUCAAACAAUACCGAUCUGCCCUUAAUCUUUACACAGAAGCCAUCGAGUUAUGUCCGGACACAGCCGCAUAUUAUUCCAACCGCUCAGCCUGCUACAUGAUGCUAAACAACUUUCAAGAUGCUCUAGAAGACGCCCGCAAAUGCAUCCAGAUUGAUCCGUCUUUCAGCAAAGGGUAUGUACGUAUACUAAAAUGUGCAAUCGCACUUGGAGAUUUAACAACCUCUGAUAACGCUAUUAAACAAAUCGGCCAACUCGAUAAAAACGCAAGUAUCAAUAACGAAAUCCAAUCUGUGGAGAAGAUGAGACAGUUUGAAACAGAAGCCGCCAAAGCAAUUGACAAAAAAGAUUUUCGCAAGGUAGUGUAUUGUAUGGACAGGUGCCUAGAUGAAGCUCCCACUUGCACGCGUUACAAAAUAACAAAAGCAGAAUAUCUGGCAUUUCUAGGACGGUAUCAAGAAUCGCAGGAAAUUGCAAAUAACGCUUUACACCUUGAUAAAACUAACGCAGAUGCUAUAUAUGUUCGUGGGAUGUGUCUUUACUACGAAGAUAAUCUUGACAGUGCUUUCAAUCACUUCCAGCAAGUUUUACGACUUGCACCAGAUCACAGGAAAGCCAUGGAUGCAUACAAAAAGGCUAAAGAAUUAAAAAAGACAAAAGAGAGUGGAAACGAAGCAUACAAGAAUUGUCGUUUCCAAGAAGCCUUUGCUUUAUACACUGAAGCUUUGGCUAUCGACCCUCUUAAUAAAAAGGCUAAUGCAAAACUAUACUUCAAUCGUGCCACAGUACAGCACAGACUUGCCAAAACAAAGGAGGCUGUAGAUGACUGCUCAGCAGCUUUAGAUCUCGAUGACACAUACCUCAAAGCUCUUUUAAGGAGAGCAAGUUGUUAUAUGGAUUUAAGCGAGUACGAAGAGGCGGUUAGAGAUUACGAAAAAGUUUGUAAACUUAACAAAAGUCGGGAACAUCGAAAACUUUUGCAAGACGCAAAGUUUGCACUAAAGAAAUCUAAACGCAAAGACUACUAUAAAAUCUUGGGUGUAGAGAAAAACGCAUCAGACGGUGAAAUAAAAAAGGCUUACAGAAAGAAAGCAUUGAUGCUACAUCCAGACAGACAUGCUAAUGCGACUGACGCAGUUAAGAAAGACCAGGAGAAGAAGUUCAAGGAACUGGGGGAGGCUUACGGUAUUUUAUCAGAUCCCAAGAAAAAAGCAAGGUACGACAGUGGACAAGACAUGGAGGACUUUGAUGGUGGAAUGUCAGGUAAUAUCGAUCCCACUCAAGUGUUCCAAACAUUCUUUAGCCAAGCGCACAAUUGUAACGAUUUCAAUUUGGGUGGAGCAUUUCCGGGAGGAUUUUCUUUUCAGUUCAGUUAGACAAAGGAUUUACCACCAUCUAAGUCAUAUUUUGAAGCCUUUCCACAUUCCAUGUUUUCCCCAACUGUUCCCUUCACUAGUAUUUAUUAAAAUGUGCUAGAGAUUAGCAUCCCUAACAUGAUCAAAUCCUAAGUUUUAACCUUUUAAUUUGCUGCCCUUAUGUAUCGAAGCCUACGUUCUCCUACAUAUUUUAAAGAAGACUUUCUUGUUUCAUAAUUGUUGUAAAUCGUUUACAUUGUAAAUUUAAUAUAUGUAUUAUACAUU